UUACGACUUGCCAUACUCGCGGUGACGUCUGGGUAGGACGGUCAAAGCGGCGGGAGGGCGGCAAUUUAUCGCCAGAUUUUUAGAUACAUUCUCUUUUUUAGCUUUGACAUUGUGAGUAGUGAAAUAUCAGUCGUGUGAUUAAGGUACACGCUCGGUAAACGCAGAGGUGUGACUAGUAGAUCUGCUACUAAUAUUCGCGGCUGUUAAAGCUUUCCCCGGGAAACUGAACGUUUGUUUUUUAUUAGCCCCGAGUUUAGCGCUCCAGCAACAAUGGCAAAGGUACAAGUGUUGAAUGUGGCCGUCUUGGACAACCCGAGUCCUUUUGGAAACCCUUUUCAGUUUGAAAUCACGUUUGAGUGUAUGGAAGACCUCCCUGAAGACCUAGAAUGGAAGAUCAUCUAUGUUGGUUCAGCAGAGAGUGAGGAGUAUGACCAAAUCUUGGACUCUGUUUUGGUUGGUCCUGUACCUGCUGGGAGACACAUGUUUGUUUUUCAGGCUGAUGCCCCAAACACUGGUUUGAUUCCUGAAAGUGAUGCUGUUGGCGUAACCGUAGUUCUAAUUACAUGCACUUAUCGUGGCCAAGAGUUUAUACGCAUCGGUUACUACGUGAACAACGAAUACACAGACCCAGAGCUUCGUGAAAAUCCUCCAAUCAAACCGGACUACACACAGGUCAGACUGGCUGAUUUAUGAUCACAUAAAUGUUCA